GAACUUAACGUGGGAAAGACAGCUUGACCUUGACGCCGCUCCGAAUCGACUAACCCACCGCCGACGCUCCUUUCGAGAUUGACAAUCAAUCAAUCUUCCGGCAAAAUCUCGCCUUCACAUCCACCGGAAAUUCGAAGAUCCAGGCCGAGAUUUAGUUGUCGCAUAUCAUAUCCAUCUACGCAAUACCCCUUCUUUUACAAAGAUGGCGCCAACAGAAAAGACAAGCUCCGGCAAGGACCUGUACUCAGUGAUCCUGCCGACCUUCAACGAGCGCCAGAACCUGCCCAUCGUCACCUGGCUAUUGAACAAGACGUUUACAGAAAACAACAUCAAUUGGGAGCUCAUCAUUGUCGACGACGGUUCCCCUGAUGGCACACAAGAUGUCGCAAAGCAGCUCGUCGAGGUGUUCAAGCCCCACGUCGUUCUCCAGACCAGGACAGGCAAGCUAGGACUUGGCACAGCAUACGUCCACGGUCUCCAAUUCGCCAAGGGCAACUUCAUUAUAAUCAUGGAUGCCGACUUCUCCCACCACCCCAAGUUCAUACCACAGAUGAUCCAGACGCAGAAAUCGGCCGACUACGACAUCGUCACCGGCACUCGGUACGCCCCAGGUGGUGGCGUGCACGGCUGGGACCUCAAGAGGCGCAUGACGUCCAAGGGCGCCAACAUCCUAGCCGACACGCUGCUGAGGCCGGGCGUCAGCGACCUGACAGGCUCGUUCCGCCUAUACAAGCGCAACGUGCUUGAGAAGCUAUUUGAGACGACCGACGUACGCGGCUUCAGCAUGCAAAUGGCCCUCGCCGUCACGGCCAAGGCCAUGGGCUACUCGAUCGCCGAGGUCCCCAUCACAUUUGUCGAUCGGGUCUACGGAGACAGCAAACUGGGCGGGGAGGAGAUUGUUGAGUAUGCCAAGGGAGUCUUUUCACUCUGGGCUAGGGUGUGAGGAUAGGACGAUUUAGGUUUGAUGUUGGGCCGGGCAUUUGAGGAGGGGGCCGGGCAGCGGUGCAUGAUACGGAUCCAUCCAGGGCGAACGUCGCUUUUUUCUUCAGGCUGGGUCUCCCCAUCUGGAGCGGCUCAAUGCGUGUCGAGUCUCUGGAUGUGCUACUUGAUAUCUAAAGCCGCUGGAACAGGUAUAAGAUGAUAUCGACAGAAUACCCCAGAUUUUAAUGAUUCACUACUUUUUAUUUCACAACUGACGUGGAAUUUGACAGCAAAAUACGAGUUGAAAGCAAAGACGCUGUAAAGCUCAGGUAUUCCACAUUAAAACUACUUGGUC